AAGAACUUUCUGGAACGGAGAAAGGGGUUUUGGUAUUUGAAUGACCGUACAGCAAAACCUCUCAACAGUCAAAACCUAGUUCCUCUGUACGCGCAAUUCAGGAAGACAUGAAUUCGCAACCCCAACACGACCACGGGGACAAUGAGGAGGCGUUUCUCGAUGAAACUGAUAUAAUUAAUGUGCAUGAUAUUGAUGAAGAAGAUCUCCCAGAUGCCGAUGAUGAAGAAACUGGUGGAGAAGUAGAUUCAGAUGUCCCAGAUGCUGAUGAUGAAGAGACCUCUGGUGGAGAUGUAGACCUUGAAGUGGUUGAUGAUUCCAUGCAUAUUUUCACUGGCCAUACAGAUGAGCUAUACGCUUCCGCCUGUAGUCCUGUGGAUGCCAUAUUAGUAGCCACUGGAGGUGGAGACGAUAAAGGAUUCCUAUGGAAGAUUAAUCGAGAGGACGGGGCUUUUGAGUUGCCAGGUCACCGGGACUCUGUAUCUAGUUUAUCGUUCAGCACAGAUGGACAGUUGCUAGCAACUGGUGGGUUAGAUGGAGUUGUUAAAGUAUGGGACACAGUGAAUGGAGAAUUAAAAUGUACUCUUGACGGACCCUCUGAAGGCAUAGAGUGGAUCAAGUGGCAUCCCAAGGGACAUGUGAUCUUAGCUGGUGCAGAGGAUGCCUCUAUUUGGAUGUGGAAUGCGGACAGGGCUACUUAUCUUCAAACUUUUACCGGCCAUGGGUCUAGUGUGACCUGCGGUGAUUUUACCCCCGAUGGUCGGACAAUAUGUAGUGGUUCUCAAGAUGCAACUCUGAGGAUUUGGAACCCCAAAACUGCUGAAAAUAUUCAUGUUGUUAGAGGUCAUCCUUAUCAUACUGAAGGACUGACAUGUCUGGCAAUUAGCUCGGACUCUACUCUUGCACUUACUGGUGCAAGUGAUGGCUCUGUUCAUGUCGUUAACAUAUCAACCGGGAAGGUGGUUAUCUCUUUGAAUCCUCACUCAGAUUCCGUUGAGUGCGCAGCUUUUGAAGCAAGCUCUCGGAAGGAUAGCUGGAGAGCUGCGACCGGUGGCAUGGAUAAGAAACUUAUGAUCUGGGAUCAGAAUUCAUCCCCUCGUUGCGUUUGUGAUCAUGAGGAUGGAGUUACUUGUCUGCUAUGGCUUUCUAGUUCCCGAUACAUAGCCACAGGCUGUCUGGACGGGGAUAUCCGGGUAUGGGACAGCCUCUCUGGAGAUUGCGUAAAAAAAUUCCGUGGACACGCUGGUCCCAUUCAAUCCAUUUCUGCAACUGCCGACGGAAAUUUCCUCGUAUCUGCCUCGCUUGAUGGAACUUCUCGGGUCUUUGAAAUUGCAGAAUUCAGGUAACAAUUCAUCAAGCCAAUUCUUUCGAUGUUGGUGGGAUCGAUUCAAUGUUCGGGAAGCUUUGAAAAUGUUGCGAUGAGUUCGAUUGCGGUUUGAAACAGCUAUGAGAUAAGUUUGGAACAUAAAGAAAA